GUGGUGCACAAUUUACAUCAAAGAUGGAGGGAAUGGUCACAGAUUUGACAUUAGCACGGGAAAAUCAGACCAACUUUGAGGAAUAUCUUCGUAAUAACACGAAUGUAAACCCUGGAAUUGAUUUGACAGUUACUGUCCUUACUACUGGAUUCUGGCCAAGUUAUAAAUCAUUUGAUCUCAGCCUCCCUCCAGAGAUGGUAAGGUGUGUGGAGGUUUUCAAGGGAUUCUAUGAAACAAGAACAAAGCACAGAAAACUUACAUGGAUUUACUCAUUGGGCACUUGCAACAUAAAUGGGAUGUUUGAUUCAAAACCCAUUGAACUGAUUGUGAACCAUCUCAAUAUCCUUCUAGUGGAAAUAGAAAUCUUAAGGUGUAUAUGUUGUAUUAAGUUCUACUAUGGGCCCUCUGCUUGUAGGGCAAUUCAAGUUAUUCCAUAAAAAAUUGGGAAGAAG